AUGGCAACAAAAACUAAGGAUGGUAAUAGCGCCCUGAAGAAGGAGAAGAAGGUCACAUCCUCUUCAAAUUCUCACAACAUCCACAAACAAGCAAAUAAUCCCAAACCAGCCACCGGAAGCUCCACUGACAAAGAUAAAUCAACCCCAUCAAGCAAACCAGUCCCAAACUAUCUAAAACCUACAUUUAGUUCAAGGUCAGAGUCAUUAAAUCUUGUCGGGAAAACUAUCAAUGAAGAUGCAACCCCAAAGCUUCUUAGAGGAAGAUCCUUCGAUAGGCCUUCAUCAGCGGCUCGUGCACAAAAGUCACUCAUCUCUCCUGACCAUAAAGAGAGAUUGGCUUCUCGGGACAGACCAAUGGCAAUUCAAUCUUCCUCUUUUUCAGCAUCAUCAAGAACUCGAACUUCAACUAAACCUGCUUUGGAAAGAAGUUUCAGGUCACUUAAGCCUAUAAGGUCUCAGGCAUCAGGUGCAGGGGUUAUAAAGAGGAGCUCAAGCUUCUCGAGGGUCUCAAAUCUAUCCAAGAAUGGGAGUAAUCCUAAUGCUCCUCAUUCAUCAAAAGUUCCAAAUAGUCGACAUAGCACUGAAGCUUUGAGUCUUGAAACUGGGCAAGAAAGAUACGAAGAAUUUAUGGUUCAAGAGCCUCGAGAUGGCAAAUGUUGGAAGGAAGGAAGACGCAGAUGCUGCAAGAUAAUCCGGUUAAAGAUAGUGAAGAUUAGAGAGUUAAGCCUUGUGAAAUUUCCACAUUUCUAUCCCAGGAGGCAGCACAGGUUGAGAAUAAUAAAAGUGAAUUACAUGAAGAUCAUGAAAACGAAAAUAAACAUUGAGGGAGAAGAGAAUCACAGAAGCAAUAAUCACUCUGAAGAGGGUAAUGCAGAUGAUGCUAAAGUUGAAAGUGAUGAAGACAAAGGAGAAGAAGAGAAUGCAAAAGAAAAGGCAGCUUGUUCUGAAGAACCUGUAGAUGAAAAAAAGAAGGAAGAUAUAGACCAAGGAAAUGAAAAUGAAAGAAGCAAGGAGCUCAAGUCCAAGUAAGGAGAAGAUGUGGUGGAGGGUGUUGAAGAAGAAGGAAAUCAGGAAGUAGGUAAUGCAAAGCAAAAGCUGCAAGGGGAAGAAGAGAAGAAGGAAGCUCCAGCAACAUACGAUGAUAUGAUUGAGCAGAGACAAAAAAUAAGCUCAUUGAGAAGAGGAAGAACAAGAUUGAAAGCAUUGGUUGGGGCAUUUGAAACAGUCAUAGAUUAUGAAACUGCAGGUUCUAAUAAUUGAAGACCCUAAUUUUUCAACCAAAUUGAAGCCUUCCAAUGAUAUUGAUCCUUUUCUGAUACGACACUCUUGUACUAAUUUACUGUUUAGCAACCAAUGAGUUUUUAGCUCAAUGGCAUAUCAAUGUCUUUUCUAAGACAAGUAAG